UUGUUAACUUAAUAUAAUAUUUAAUGAAUAAAUAUGUAUUCGAUAACUUUAUACUUAAAAAUUUAGUUUUAGUUUAGAUGGGUUAAAAUUACUAAUUAAAAUUUAAAAAAGUAUUCUUAUUCAAAAAAAAAAAAAAUAAGCAAACAAUUUCCAAGUUUUAUUACUUAAGUCUUAAAAUACAGUUAUUAAAUUCGUUUUAAUUCCAUUAAUGAUAAAGCAUUUCUUAUAGUUUUCUCCCUCUACCUGCUGUUUCCUUCCCGAAGAGUGCUUUGUCCAUUGUGCAGUUUCCUUUGUGCAAUAACAUUAUACAUAUCCAAACCUGGGAAACCAAAGAGUUGUUUCGGCAACUCUUGGCCUAACCUGUAUUAAGUGAAUUACAAAAGUACCUUUGUUUUUUUUACAAAAGUACUUGACCUCUGUAUUAUUUAUAGUCCUGAUCAGUAGUAGAUGACCCAUAUCACUAUCAACAUCAAUUUGGCCAUUGAAAGGGUCUACAAUUCUCUGUUUAGGAGAAAAUAUGUCCUCCUCCGGGAUGGAUGGGAAGCUUCCUAUAACCAGGCAUUUCUUCAAGGUCAUGAUUCUUGGUUUCCGCACAAAACUUCGCAUACCAUCAGUUUUCUGUAGAAAACUACCAUAUGGAAUGAAAUUGGAAGAAGCAAUUCUUAGGAGCUCCAAAGGAUCAUGGCAUGUUAAAGUUGGUAAAUGCAGCAAAGGAUUUAUCUAUUUCACUGAGGGCUGGAACAAUUUUGUGCAGCACCAUAGCCUUAAUCUUGGAGAUUUUGCUGUAUUUGAGCACAAGGGAAAGAUGCAUUUCGAUGUGUAUGUGUUUGAUAAUAGUGCUUGUGAGAAAGAGUUUGUUCCCGUUGCUGGCAAGAAAAAAAAAGAGGUUCCUGUGAAGUUGGCUCGUGGGACAAUAAAGAGAGAACCAGUUGCUCUUACGAAAGAGUUUCCCCUGAAGUUGGCUCAUGGCAUAAAAAGAGAAUCUAAUGGAGUGAGCAUUCCUCUACAUGCCAAGCGUGUUAAAAGUGAAAGGCCACUUGAGGAAGCUGCAUCCAAUUCCCCCAGAAUUUCCCACUUUAAAUCAACAAUUAAACCGUCCAAUGGGAUACACCAUCGAGCUUAUAUGAAUGUCCCGCUAGAAUUUAUUAAAUCAAAUAACCUCAGUCAGAUCUGCAGCGUUACUCUCCGAGAUCCUUCUGGAAAACUGUGGCUUGUGGAAGUUCGAUCCCGGAAUUCAUCCCUAAGAACUUACUGGUACCUGGCAAAUGGUUGGCAUGAGUUUUUUGUUUCCCAUAAGCUGAAAGAAGGAGAUGUUUGCGCCUUUGAACUCAAUCAUACAACAACAAGAGCUAAAAAUGUCUUCUUGGAUGUUCAAAUCUUUCGGGCUCCAAUCUAAGCACUCCCUGCUUUUCUAGUACUUGAUUAUGUGGUUUUGCAUUUUUCCUUUUGGUACUUGGGGGUUGUGUUGGUUGAUAUUAGCUCUGACUUUUUAAGGUGGUUGUGGAAAUUGUUUGAUGUUGGCGGUUCUCGUACUCUUUUGAUCUCUAAAAAUGUAGUCAUUUUUAUUUUUUAAUGUGGUUUCACAUUAUUUUUUUUCUUGCUUAAUGCUUUAUGGUUUUAACCAAGCAUGCAGUGUUACAAACUUGUUCUGAUAAUGGUAAGUUGUUGUUUUGAGUUUUAAA